GGAUCCCAUUAUUGCCAACCUUGUGCUUACAAAAAAGGAAUCUGCGCUAUGUGUGGAAAGAAACUUUUAAAUACAAAGCUAUACAAACAGUCUUCUGCGUAAAUUCACUGAUUAUAAUUUUGCAAAUAGUCUUUUCAUAUAGUGAUGAAAGAGAAACCGUAAAAGCUAAAGAGAAAAUAAAAAGAUGAAUUGGAUAAAACCUUCAUUUGAAUCAGAAGAGCUUUUUCUUCCACCGCCCUUAAAGAAGGGAUGUAUACAUCAGGAAAAUGUGGUAGUAGAUACUACGAAAGAAAAUCAAAUAGUUUCAAGUUCAGGUGACUGGUUGAAAAUCCAUUGCCCUACCAAAAUUGACGAACUAGGAGUGCAUAUUCGUAAAGUUGAAGAACUUGAAAAUUGGCUUGUUCAGUCUCAGAGUAAGUUUUUAUUACUUGCUGGACCUUCUGGAUGUGGUAAAACCACAACUUUGGAAAUUGUAUGUAAAAAGCUACAUUUCAAACUAUUAGAGUGGAUAACGCCUGUAGAUAAGUUUGCAACUGCUCCACAGUUGAGUAUUAUAAAACGAUUUGAAGAAUUUCUAGUGAAGACAUCAAAAUACGACAGUUGUUUCAGUUUACAUAGUCUUAAAACGGUAAUCCUAGUAAAGGAUUUUCCCACUGUAUUUAUUCAAAACCCAAAUUUAUUUUAUGAAGUUUUAGAAAAUGUUUCAAAUUUGACACUAAACAAUCCUAUAAUUUUUAUCUGUGGUGAUAGUAAAGUGCGCAGGAUGUUAUUUUCCAGUAAGAUGAAUCUUAAGAUACAGGUGAUUUGGUUUAACCCGAUAACAAACCUUCAGAUGCUCAGAGUUCUCAGAUUAAUUAUCACUAGAGAAAGAGAAUCAAACAAACACUUUAAAGUUCCAACUGACCAAGCUCUUUAUGCAAUCUGUUCCUCUAGCAAAGGUGAUAUACGUCAUGGUGUGUUAGAACUGUACUUUCAGUGUAUGGAACCAACAGAUAAAAAACUACUAACCCAGUCAGGUGAUAAGGAAAAAUCAAAAGACUAUCGUGUAGAUUUUUUUCAAGGUAUUGGGAAUGUUCUCACACCAAGGAAAGUUAUAGUUUCUGCAAAUCGUAAUAUUCAAUUUGGAGCAACACCUGACACUUUAAUCGAAAGUUUCCUCGCAGAGGCAAAAGAUUUUGUCUGUAGAUUGAAUGAGAAUUUCUAUACAAAAUUCACAAAUUUUGUUGACUUAAGUGAGGCUGCUAAACGGCUAGCCACCAGUGACUUACUAAUGGCAAAGUGGCAAGAAGGUAUAUUUCAAGAAUACUCUCUCGCUGUUGCCAUUCGUGGUGUUAUGGUGUGCAACAAACAUCCCCGGGAAACAGGAUUUCAGUAUUAUGGUACACAAAGGACCAACAAUCUAGAGAGGACUUUGAAAGGUUUACAACUAGAUGCAAAAUUUCUCUUUUCCGAUUUUUAUAUGUUAGAUAAUCAGUGUGUAAACGAUUAUCUUUGUUUUGCAAAAUAUCUCAUGGUUGGCAAACUUAAUCCUUCCCAGGAAAAAUACUUAUUGAAACAUGUUUGUUUCUAAUCUUGUACAACAUAACCAAAAUAGUUGCACAUUGGUUCCCAGGGUUAUAAUUUGGUUGAUGGGUAAAAGAAUAGAAACUUUUACACAUUUAUGUACUUCUGUGGUGUUCCUAAGUCCGAUAUUUUAUUUUAACUGUUUGUAUAAUUUGUAAUCAUAUUUUAUAUUUUAUUCAAACAGUUCUGCAAUCAAUAAUGUAACCAAUUACAUCUAGCUAUUGUAAUUGAAAAAAUAUGUUUGUCUAUAUACAGAAUCAGGCAAAAGUAUGGAUACACCCUGUACACUUUGUAAUUAAGUAAAUGUUUUUUUUUUAACCUUGAAUCUUGAUUUUAUAUUUUGCCUGGCAUACCUGUGGGGCAUUAUACAGGGUGUCCCUAAACAACCUGCACCGCUUUUAUGGGAUUGCUCCUUGCAUAGAGUCAAAACGAUUUUGCAAUAUAACCAUGGGUCUCCCAUGUCUAGUUUUCUGUCUAUGUAUUGUUUUUUACAAAUUUCCUUUUAAGGCCUCAAUUUAGAAUCGUUAAAUUUGGUACAGAUGUUUCAACAUAAGUUGAAGCAAGCUAUGAGGAAAUUUGUAAAAAACACUUACAAACAGAUAGACGGAAAACUAGGAAGACCCCAUGGUAUAUUGCAAAAUCUGUUUGUCUCUAUAUUAGGAACAAUCCCACAAAAACAGUACAGGUUGAUUAGGGACAUCCUGUAUAGAAUGGCUAGGCAUUAUUACAGUAUUUAUAAAAAAAUCCUUGUCAAAGUGUAUAAAAUCAAAAUUCUAUUUUUAUUACUCCAUUUCAUUCUUUACCUAUAAGCUUCAGACAUUGUAUAGAAUGCCUGCACUAUAUACUUUGCUACAUAAGUUUAAUUAUACGUUCCUUAUUUGGAUAGUAAUUAUUUAAACAUUUAUUUACUCAGUGGUGUUCCUGAUGAAUUUAACAU